AUGGGAAGAAUAGAUCAGAUAGAUACGCGCAUACGACCAUACUUGUUUGAUAUUGGUUAUAGCAAAUGGUCAAGAGCUUACUCGAAUUGUAAGCGCACAUGGACCAUGACUUCAAACAUCGCGGAGUCAUUGAAGAAUGUUAACAGGUUAGCAAGGAGGUUACCAGUGAUUUCACUUCUUGAAUUUAUGAGGGUAACAAUUCAGAGGUGGAUUCACAAGCAUAAUGAGGAGGCUGAUAAGACAACAUCUGAUCUGACAAAAAAUAUGAUAUUUAUCUACAGAAAAAUGAUACCUUCAACUGUUGAUCUGCAUGCUGUUGCUGAAGGAGCAAAGAAAUACAUAGUAAAUUUGAACACGAGAAUGUGUAGUUGCGGGAGAUUUCAACAUUAUGAGAUACCAUGUGGUCAUGCAAUUGCAGUUCUCCGAUACAGGAAGUUACAUGAAGCAGAUUUCUGUUCUGCUUUUUAUAGCCUCAAGAAUUUCAGAGAUGCUUAUGCCAUUCCUGUCGAGCCUAUCCCAUGCGAGAGUACAUGGGAUAUACCAAGUUAUAUUUCAGAGCCUAAAAUGAUGCCACCCGGUCCAAAAAGAUCAGUGGGAAGACCCAAAUUUGAACGUUGGAAGGGUUUCGCUGAUGUGAAAUUCAAGAGGACAAAAAGCACAUGCAGUAGAUGCCAUCAAGUUGGACACAAUAGGAAGACAUGUUCAAAUUAUCCUGUCCAAAAACAAUGA